AUUUUCUCUUUUCUUUUUUAAACAAAUAGAACUAAAAUUCAAUUUAGAUAUGGACAACUCGUUUGUCAAAUCACCGGAAGAGGUGUGUAAAUUCUUUCAUGUGGAUAGCACGAAAGGUUUAGACGCUACUCAAGUAAAGCAACAACAACAAAAAUUUGGAAAGAAUGAACUUCCUGAGGAAGAAUCGACUCCUUUAUAUAAACUUAUCUUGGAACAGUUCCAAGAUCAACUUGUUCUGAUCUUACUCGGUGCUGCUAUUGUGUCUUUUGUGCUUGCCAUUUUCGAAGAUCAAGACACAUCCACUGCAUUUGUCGAACCCAUUGUUAUUUUAAUCAUCUUGAUUGCCAACGCCACGGUGGGUGUCCUUCAAGAAUCCAGUGCCGAAAAAGCCAUUGAUGCCUUAAAAGAAUAUUCUCCUGAUGAAGCCAAGGUCAUUCGUGAUGGCACUUUACGUAAAGUGCGUUCCGAAGAACUUGUGCCCGGUGAUAUUAUCGAUUUAGUGGUCGGUGAUAAGAUUCCUGCUGAUGCCCGUGUGCUCUCGAUCUCGACCAGUGUAUUCCGUGUAGAUCAAGCUCUUUUAACCGGUGAAUCCGUGAGUGUUGAAAAGCAAGUAGAGCCUAUUCAUGAUGAAGGGGCUGUCAAGCAAGAUCAAUGCAACAUGUUAUUUUCUGGUACGACUUGUGUUAUUGGUAAGGCAAGAGCGAUUGUUGUGAAGACAGGUGUAUCCACUGCUAUUGGUGAUAUUCAUACCUCCAUUUCAUCUCAAAUUUCGGAAAAGACCCCUCUUAAGCGUAAGUUGGAUGAUUUUGGAGACUUAUUGGCCAAGGUGAUUACUGUCAUUUGUAUUUUGGUUUGGCUCGUGAACAUCCGUAACUUUAAUCAUCCCUCUCACAAGGGUUGGUUAGGUGGUGCUGUUUAUUACUUUAAAAUCGCAGUGGCUUUAGCUGUCGCUGCUAUCCCUGAAGGUUUGGCUGCUGUCAUUACUGCCUGUCUUGCUCUUGGUACCAAAAAGAUGGCCAAGCGUGGUGCUAUUGUGCGUAGUUUACCCAGUGUUGAAACUUUAGGCUGUACUAGUGUCAUUUGUUCCGAUAAAACAGGUACCCUGACUACCAAUCAGAUGAGUGUGUCAAGAGUGGCUAUGGUUGCAAAUGCCUCGGGUGACUUGACUGAAUUAUUUAUUGAGGGUACAAGUUAUGAACCCACUGGUGAUGUAAAGGCCGGUAAUGGCCAGAUCGUGACACCCGUAUCGGAUUCCGCUUUGCAUGAUAUUGCCAAGGUCUGUUCUCUUUGUAACGAUGCCCGUAUUGUCUAUGAUGAAACUACCGAUAGUUACGCCAGUAUUGGUGAGCCUACUGAAGCAGCUCUUCAAGUGCUUGUUGAAAAGUUUGGUACGGUUGAUACUGGAUUUAAUGCCACCUUGAAUGCACUUUCCAAGGUAGAACGUUCUACCGCCUGUAAUGACUAUUAUGGUAAUCAAUGCGAGCGUACUGCUACCCUUGAAUUCACUCGUGAUCGUAAAUCUAUGUCUGUUAUUAUCAACAAUAACACCUUGUUGGUGAAGGGUGCCCCUGAAUCUAUCCUCGAACGUUGUUCUUUUGUUCGUUUAUCUGAAUCCUCUGCUCCUAUUCCUAUGACUGCUGAAAUCCGUGAAAAUUUAAAUAACAAGAUUCUUGAAUAUGGACAAGGUAUGUCUCUUCGUUGUAUUGGUUUAGCCAAGGUAGAACACAUUCAUGCGGAACAAUUUAACCUUCGUGAUCAAAGCAAGUUUGCCUUGUAUGAACAAAACAUGACCUUUGUGGGUGUGGUUGGUAUGAUGGAUCCUCCUCGUCCCGAAGUGGCAGCCUCUAUUGUCGAAUGUAAAACCGCUGGUAUUCGUGUUAUUGUGAUCACAGGUGAUAACAAGAACACGGCCGAAUCUAUUUGUAGACAAAUUGGUGUGUUUGAUGUAGAUGAAGAUUUGACCGGAAAGAGUUAUACUGGACGUGAAUUUGAUGCGCUUACGCCUGCACAAAAGAUUGAGGCUGUAAAGCGUGCUAGUUUGUUUACUCGUACUGAACCUGCCCACAAGCAAGAAUUGGUUGACCUGUUGAAAUCGACGGGUGAGAUUGUUGCCAUGACAGGUGAUGGUGUCAAUGAUGCUCCUGCCUUGAAGAAGGCAGAUAUUGGUAUUGCCAUGGGAUCUGGUACCGAUGUCGCUAAGCUUGCUGCUGAUAUGGUUUUGGCGGACGAUAACUUUGCUACUAUUGAAAAGGCUGUGGAAGAAGGUCGUAGUAUUUAUAACAAUACCAAACAAUUUAUUCGUUAUCUUAUUUCGUCCAACAUUGGUGAGGUUGUCUCUAUUUUCUUGACUGUGCUUCUGGGUUUACCCGAAGCCUUGAUUCCUGUUCAAUUGCUCUGGGUCAAUUUGGUUACAGAUGGUCUUCCUGCUACUGCUCUUGGUUUCAAUCCUCCUGAUCAUGAUAUUAUGAGACGUCCCCCUCGUAGCUCCAAGGAGCCUCUUGUGGGUGGCUGGUUGUUCUUCAGAUACAUGAUUGUUGGUAUCUAUGUUGGUAUUGCUACUGUCUUUGGUUAUGUUUGGUGGUUUAUGUAUUACACUGGUGGUCCUCAAAUCUCUUACUAUCAAUUAUCUCACUUCCAUGAUUGCUCCACCUUGUUCCCUGAAAUCGGUUGUGAAAUGUUUACCAAUGCCAUGUCCAUGAAGGCUACUACCAUGAGUUUAUCCAUUUUAGUAGUGAUUGAAAUGUUGAACGCUAUGAACAGUUUGAGUGAAAAUGAAUCCUUAUUGACCUUGCCUUUGUGGGCUAACCCUUAUCUUGUUGUAUCUAUUGUUUUAUCUAUGGCAUUACAUUUCAUGAUUUUGUACGUUCCUUUCUUCACCAAGUUGUUUGUGAUUAUUCCUCUCAAUCAAGAAGAAUGGUAUGCCGUGUUAUGGAUUUCUAUUCCAGUUAUUUUUAUAGAUGAAGUAUUGAAGUUUAUUACUCGUACUUGGAUUGCACCUCCCACUAUUAUUACACAAAAGACCAAGCGUCAAUAAAUUAAUCACCCCCUUUCACAUUAUUUGAAAUAAUUAUCACUAGUUUUUUUUUUCUGGUUUUGUUUUGUUGUUGUUGCUUUCAUUGUCUUGUAUAAUAGUUGUUAAAAUAUAUAUAUCGGGUUUAAUCUUGAUUAGAGCCGUAACUUAAAAGUUAGAUCAGGGUGCCUGGAAAGGUUACCGACUCAUUCUCUCAACUAG